CCCAAACGUUUGGACCCGUUCCCGCCAAGUCCCCGCCGGCACGCGGUAUCGCGCGAGUCUCACUCGGGCCACAAGGGACGGCCGUGGCGUUCACAUCGUACUGCAGUUUUUCAUUUUUUGCGUGUACAGACAUGGCUGCAGGUCGACUGGUCGGUGACGGCCCGGCCGGAGUUCGGUCGCAAUAACAACGUUCGCACACUUCAUUUGCAUCAUUGUCUUCAUGACCCCGUAACAAUAAUUUAAUUAUUUUUAUUAUUAUGGGAAACAAAUGCUGCAAAAAUCAGUCGUCCACGUACAGUAGCGCGAACGCGACCAUCAGAUCGUUCUCGUCGUAUAACUCUUCGAUCCUCCGAUCGGGAGGAAGUCAUGCAAUCACUUUUGGAACCUCUACUCGUGGUGGUGACUCUUUGACCACCCUCACCAUGAAGUCAAGUAAUCAUUCGGACGUUGGUAGUAAAGAUUACCAGGGUGGUUCUUCGAGCACCGUGGGUCAAGAAGAUUUAAUUCCAAUAUUUUUGAGACGCCUUAACGACCUUAACAUCAGAGUCGGAACCAGAACUAGACUUUUGAUUGAGCUCGAUGACGCUACGGAUGUUCAGGUCCGUUGGUAUCACAACAAUGUAGAAGCCAACAAUGAAAGAUAUCAGUACAUACACGAAGGAGGGUUUUAUUGUUUGGACAUAGUUCCGGUGACGUUGUUCGAUGAAGGUCUAUGGGUGUGUACCGCUCAGAACUAUGCCGGAAAAUCGUCAACCGCUGCUCAUCUAUCGUUAACCGUUCCGAAAGCGUUCAAAAAACCAAUUUUUGUCGAGCCACUAAAGGCAGUGCUGACGCAGCGUGGAAUCGUCUCACUAGAGUGCAAGGUGAUCGGCGUUCCGACGCCCAAGUUACGAUGGUAUAAAGACGAUAAAGAGAUCAAAGCUGGUGACAUAUUCGCGUUGACAGCAAAUUCUGAAGAAGACUGCCUAGGCAUUUACACAUGUGAGGCGGCAAAUGUCAUGGGCACUGCGCUGUCUACGUCAAAAAUACAAGUGACUCAUACACCACUCGACGGAAACCACGACGCAGACAGUCUUAUACCAUAUGGACCACCACCGAAAUUCGUAAAAUUGUUAAAAAAUGCUUCCGGUAAAGUCGGAAGUGUACUGUUCUUAGAAUGUCAAGUCGAAGUACCACCGUGGCCCCGAAGUAUAGGAUGGUACAACGACAACGGCAUAGUAAGUGAAGGACCAUUGUAUCACCUGAUAGCUGAUGGCUUAGGCAUGUAUGGUGUGGAAAUAAAAUCACUCAGAGCUGAUCACAAUACUACUUGGAAAUGUGUCGCUACUAGUUCGACGGGAGCAAAGGCUGUUACUUCCUGCGUGGUCUCGGUGUCAUAUCCAAAGAAUUACCGGGUGCCAAGAUUUUUAGAAAGCCUAAGGGCAAUUAUGACCGAUGAAGGUUUAGUCAGCUUUGAAUGUAAGGUAAUCGGAUACCCCACACCACAACUUUUGUGGUUCAAAGACGGCAAGCAACUUCAACCUGGGGACGUUUAUGAGUUAACAGGGAGUAAAUCUUUAGGCAGCUAUUGUUGUGUUGCCCGAAACUGCAUGGGUGAAACAAGCAGUCUUGCUGAACUUACAAUAGAAGACAUACAAAAUCAAUUGAACGAAAGUGAAAAACUUCAAUUAACGUCAAAUACACAGCCCCCACGAUUUUUAUUGGGACUUAAGAGUAUUGAGGCUAACAUAAAUGAAUCCUUUGUUUUUAUGAUCAAAGUCACAACUGAAUGUACACCUUCCAUCAGUUGGUAUAAAGAAGACGAACAACUAACUGAAUCAAAUCGAUACAAAUUUUCUACCGAAGACAAUGGGAUAUAUAUUCUUAAUAUAGUGCAACUCGAAAUUGACGAUCAGGCUGAAUGGAAGUGUGUAGCAAUCAACAAGUACGGUCAAACUGCAACGUCUAGUUUCUUGAAAUUAAAUAUUCCAAAAAAUUUCAAAAGUCCCAGAUUCCUCGAAGAACUGAGAAUAGCGUUCUCAAACGAGGGUUCGGUUAAUUUAGAAUGCAAAGUGAUUGGUGUCCCGCAACCACAACUGAAAUGGUUUAAAGAUGGCCAAGAGCUGAAUCCCGGCGACAUGCACAAAAUAAUUUCGGGACAAAGUGGUACAUGUUGUUUAGGCACUUACACUUGCCAGGCACACAACUGUAUGGGAACGGUGUCUAGUUCAGCAACAUUAUUGACAAUGGAAGAUAAGUCUACGGUCAAAUCAUGUGCUUCGGAAGAAUAUUUAUCCGCCGGGAAUCCACUUGUUCGAAAUGAAUCCUUGUCGACAAUUCCCGAAGAGCGGACGAGUCAAAUGGAAAAAUCAUACACCAUUGAAGAACCCGCUGACAUAUCAUUUUCAUUUGACGGCAAAGAAGUAACUGUUUCGCUUUAUGAAACUCCAGACUUAACGCACGACGAAGCGUUACAAAUCAUUGAAAUGUAUGCAGAUGAACUUUCUGAACAUAUAUCAGAAGACAAUGUUAUUGAUUUGCCGUCGUUGCGAAUAGUAAAAGAAUCGUCGAUUUCUGGCCCGGUGAUGAUGGAAGCUUUAGUUAUAGACGUACCUGUCGAUUUUUGUAGACAACAAACAGUAUCAGACACUGAAUUCGAUGGCGUUUCGCUGACCGAAGAUAUAACUCUUGCAAAUAACGAUAAAAGUGAAAGUAUAUGUGAAAAUAGUCUGGAAUAUUUUUCGGAUCAUUUGUCGUCUGGAAACUCGAAGCGUGAAGUAUUUUACAGCGCAAGUGAAACGACGCCUAAACAUUCUUCAGUGAUUUUAAAACAAAAAUCAGAAGACGAUGGCCAUCACUCUUUCCAAACACCAAAAUUAUUUAUGUCAGACUCAGACGAUCAGAUUCUCACGCAAUUUAAAUUGGAUGAAAGACUUUUAGCUACAGAUUCUAGACAUUUAGUCGGACCAUUAUCUCGGUCUGAGAGUAAUAACACUGAAGAAGAAGUGUCUGAUACAUUGGCAGAAAUAGAUAAUGAACCACCAUUAUCAAAUAAUGAUUGCGCAUCAGGAAUAGCUACUCGAUCUAACGAAGAUGGAUUAUACUCAACAGUAUUGAACAAAAUACGAGGUAGGGGAAUGGCAAGUAUGAUGCUUAGUUCGGAAGAAGACGAAAUUUUGAAAAUUAUUUCCAGACCUAACGUAGGUGAAUUUUUAAAAUACAUGAAAAUUAUUUUGGAAGGCACUAUGGUAAAGAUGCGCUCUCACGAAAAUUUUAAUUUCUCUAAUACGACAACUGAACUUGAACGUUCAAUUCAAGCACUACAUUCGCUUGCGUGGAAAUUCAUCGAGGAAACAGAGAGAAAUGAUGUAACAGAGUUGGAUAAGAAUACUAUCGAUAAUGUGUCAAGUUUAAUGACUGCAAUAAACGCGAGUUUGUUAGUGUUAGAACAAAUCGAUGAUCCAUUUGGUGUUUCAGACAAUGUAUUAAACGAAAUACAAUCAUCUGUAUGUUUUGAUUUAGAAACGUUUAACAAUAGCGAUAUUCCGGCCACAGUAAUUUUAAACCGUUUGUCAGACCAAAUAAAAAACUUCACGCUCGUUGUUAAUAGACAGGUAGCCCGAGUUACAGAACAACGUAUUAUAGCUGUGUUACGAAACACAAUCGGCACUACUUUGGAGCUUAUCAAAACAUUACAACAGAAUUGUUCUAAAAUAAAAUGUGUAGAUAUAAAUUCAUUCGUACCUUUAUUUUCAAUGGUACAACCAUUAGAAACUAUUAUAAAUGACAUAGCUAAUAUGGAAGAAGCAUCAAUAGACGAUAACAAACCAAACCUCAAAUUAAAACAAAUAUUGAUACCCCCUAUUAGUUCUAUUGCAUUUGCUUUAGACAAUCUAAAUAAAGCAUUAAAAAAUGAUAGUUCAGACGACGAUCCGGAUUUAAAAGAUAUUUACGACAGAAUAAAUGAUUCGACAAUUCAAUUUAUGACACUAGCAUCACAUGGCAUGGAAAGUAAUAAAAUAGCUGAGUGUUUCAUAUCGUUCACAAAACCUAUUAACGAUUUAUGUUGUUAUUUGAGACGGUUAGGCAGAUCAACGGAAAAUAUUGUGUCUUCUGAUUACGGAUCUGAUGAUAAACUGUUAUUAGAUUUUGAGACACUUUUCGAUGAAUUGAUGAUAGAUAUUGACACAUUAAUCAACAAUGUAAACUUUGUUCAAGAUUCCGAAAAUAAUAUGAAUCCUUUAGGAUCUUUAUUGGAACCAUUGCAAGACAUGAAAAUUGGUUUGUUCCAAGUUAAUCAAGUUUUACUUUCGAACCAGGCUGGUUCGUCAAUGAGUUUUGAAGUUAUGAGUUGUUUUGAACACUUAUCUCAGCAACUCGUUCAACUGAAUAAUUGUAUUGUGAAUCAAUCAAUAGUUGAAGAGACAGACAAAGAAAUACCAUUUGAAUCUUCAAUAAAAAUGAUGCAAAACAUACUUUUCGAUGAUUCUAUUGAUGAUUUAGGUGUAAAUGGAAUACUUUUUGGAAGUGUUAUGAAACCUCUUUUGCAACUUCAAAAUAUUAUUGUUUCAAAAAUGGCUUCAGUAGAAAGUGAUCUUAGUUUUUCAGAACAUACAGAUGUUACUGGUGGAGCUUGUGAUACACAAUCAUUAAGUAUAUCCUUGUCACACAACGUACAAACCAUUUUUGAUAAAACUACAAAUGAUUAUUCUAAACAGGUAAUUAUUAAAUCAUCGAUCAUAGAAAGUUCAGAUGAAAUUUGUGACGAGCAAAAUAAUAUGCAUAAGGGUACUUCCGAAAUAGAUAAUGAUUCAAUACAUUUUGAAAAUAACAUUAACAACGAUGUAGCUAUAAAAAGAGGGUUUGAAUGUGAUAUUGGGGAAACAUUCAAAUACGAUGAACCAAAUAUUAUAACAUCUGAAGAUGAUAGAGAGAAUUCUGGUUUUGAAGCGCUUUUUGAUGAAACUGAUUUGGAAACGCCAAGUGAUUUCAUUGAAGAUGUAUGUUCGCCUAUUAUGAAUUCUAUUGUUGAUCAUAAUUUAUCAGAUUUAUUAAUGAGUGGAAAAGAUACUGAUACUAUGCACAAGAAAACCGAUGAUAUACUUCCAGAACAUGUAUUAGAAUCAUUAGAAAAAAUUAACCAACAUGACUUAAUUUUGAAUUCACCGGUUGAUUUAUUCAAUGAACUUCAAGAAACAUUAAAAAAUAUGUCUGAAGUAGAAUGUGAUGGAAUAUCAGAUAUGUACAACUUGGAUAAUAAUAAAUCAAACGUGAAUGAUUUACAAAAUAUUGAUUCAACAUAUAUUAAUCAAAUAUGCGAUACAACUAACAAAUUAUUAGACGAUUCGUUAGAUCAAAACUUUGAAAAUGAAUACAAAAGUAUUAAUGAUCGAAAUUCUCAAGAAGAAGAACAAGUAUUUGAAAUAGGACAAGACUUAGAUUUUGUUGAGGACUUAGAAUUUUUAGACACAGAUAAAUCAAUAUCUAAUAACACUAUUAUUACAGUCGAUGAAACUUCUGAUCCCAGUGAAGUUAAAAUGAAAGAAAUUGAUAAUAUGAAAAUAAUAGAAACUUUUGUUGAUAUAAUUGCAUCUAAAACUGGAAAUAUUAACCAAAUAGUGGGUGAAUCGGAUAAAAAUGAAACUUCAAUUACCUUUGUAGAUAUGUCAGAUAAAAAUGAAUGUUUAAAUACACCUGUAAAUAAAGUAGUAUCAAAAAUAAAUGACAAUGUUGCGGCUUUAACGACUUCGUCUGAUUUUAAAAACGAAAGUCUUGAUUCUGAAAUAUUAAGCAAAUUAAAUUCCACUGAAUAUGGUAAUGAUACAGGAAAUAAUUCAGAAAAAUCAAUUUCACAAGAUAAUACUAUCGUUAAUGAAAAAGAUGUUAUUCAUAAUUUAGGAACAAAUGCAACCAUUCAUAUUGAAAAAAUUAAAAAUGAAAAUGAAUACUACACAGAAAAAGAUAAACAAAUUAUGUUAACUGAAAAAUGUACUAAUACCACAGAAUUAACUAAAGAGUUAAUGGAAAAAAAAUCAUGUAUGAAUCCAGAAAAUAUUUUAAUGAUCGAAAAUCAUAAUUCAUCGAUUAUUGAAGAAACGUUGAACAAAAUAAAACAAUAUGAUAAUAGUGAUUUAUUAAAUAAAAGUAUUUCCGUUGAUGAAGAAAGAAUAACACCUACAUCCAUGGUUGAUAUUAAUUUAAUACAAUUCUUAAAAGAUAAUAAUAUCAAGGGCAUCAUUGAAGAACCAAAUAGUGGAAAUGAAAAUUUGAGUCUUGUAGAAAGUAAAUAUAAUGAUUCUGGUAAAUUUGAAACUAACCAAGAUGUAAAUUUGGAUAAAAAAUUACAACAUGAUUUACAACCAAGUAUUAAUAUAACUUCUAUAACUGAUUAUAAACAAAUUGUUCCUAAUUGUACUAAUUGUGAAGAUUUGAUGAACCCCAUAACAGAACUAAAUGUUCCUCAAAAUGAAGAAAAUCUUAUCAAAAAUCAUAAAGGUGAAAGUCAAAUAAUAAAUGAUGAACCUGCAUGUAAUGAUCAACAAAAUCCUCUUAUCAUUCAAAGGAAUAACAUUUUACAACAAUCUAAUAAUGAAGUAAACAUUUUUGGGGAAUUAAAAGAGCAAUGUGAAACCUUAUCAGAUAUGGAAACGGAUAAUGAAAUAGAAUGUACUAGUGUAAAAAAAAAUUUAGUGAUAGAAAUAAAUUAUCCAGAGAAUGAAAUUGAUGUUAGAAGUGUUACCCAACAGUGUCCUAUAGAUAAACCAAACCAUAUUGACAAUAAAUCCAUAACACAAUAUAACGAUGGCAUUAAUUGUGUUGAUUUUAUGUUGUCUGCUAUAGAUAUGACUCAAACGAUUGGAUCUAAUGAUAUACUGGACAAGCAGUUAGUAGUAACUAAUUCGAAUUCUGAAGAAAAUGAAAACAUAGCUCCAACUAAAUUAAAAAAUGACGUUAACAAUAUUAAAGAUUCAGUAAACUUGGCAAUAAAUGAAAAAGAAACUGCUACCAAUAAGAAAAUUAAUAUACAUCCAGAAAUCAAAACAACAGAAACAGUAGUGAACGAUGAAGAAAAAUCUAACAGUACAUUGAAGACGACUUUUACCGAUUUAAAACAACUUACUAUUUUAAAAAAUAAUGACCUAGCUCCAUCGGAAAAUAAAUUAACGAAUAAUAAUUUAAUUACUACAGAAAGUACACAACUAAUUGAUUCGAGUAAAUUUGACGAAUACCAAGUUGAUAUACAAUUUAAAGAAAAUAUAGAUCUCGGAAAUGAACAUAACGGAGUUUUGGACGAUAAAGAGAACCUAAUAAAUAAUUUAGAAAAUUUAGAAACUAAAAAUGAAAUUAUAUACUUCCCAGAUGAGAUGGUCACUAAGGAUGAAGAGAAAUUGCUUAGUGAAGUUCAAUACAUACAAAAUGAUGAGACCAAAUUUAUUAUUGAAUCGGAAAAUAUUGUUAGUGAACAAACCAAUACUUUGAUAUGUAAUGAAACGAUUUCUGAAUCCAAUAUUCAACCAAUAGAUACAGCUGUAAUUGACUUUGAAAAUAUCAAAGAAAAAUAUGAGAAAGAAUUAUGUGUUUCCCAAUCUAACAAUAUAAUAGUUUUUGAAGAUAAAAUCGAUACUGAAGAGAAAAAUAAUCAGCAUAAUGAAGGUUUAGAACAAAUUUCCAAUGAUAAAUUAAUAUUUAAGUCUUUAGACGAAGAUAACUUAAUUUGCAGUGGGAAUAAAUCAGAAAAAUUUUCUACAAAUGAUUAUGUUGAAAUUCAUAGUUCAAAAUCAAUUGAUGAAAAAUCAAACCCCGUCGGUAGUAAAGAUGAUAUUAUGCAGAAUAAUUGUGAAAUUCUAAAGACAAUAAAUAAUUUUGGCACAGAAAAUGUAGGAGAAAAAAUAUCGAGUAAAUUGCAGCAGUCAAAUGAAAUAGAGGUUGACGUUUCUUCAACUGAGAAUAACAGUUUCGUUAUAACUGAUAUCGAUUUGAAAACGACCAAAUCCAACACUGAAAAAGUAGAUAAAACUAAAAUACUUUCUUCUGAAAUUACCUGUUUACCCCAUAAUAAUGAUAAAAUUGUAGAUUUAUAUGAUGCCGAAAACGACUUAGAUAAAUGUACUUUAUUGKUUAAAGAAAAUACAGAAGAUCGUAAUAUCUGCAGUUCCAUUAAUACAUGUAUUGAAAUACUAAAUGAAAAUACCACGAAUCAACAUGAAGAAUUCACUGAAUGCCGAACAAAUAUUUCAGGGAACUUUCAAACUUUAGAAACAUUUUCAUAUGAAAAAAAUCCGAAAUUAGAAACAGUAAACAAUGAAGAAUUAUUAAGUAUAAAUGAAAACAAUUCGGAAAUAAACAAAACCAGUGAACAAACCAGUCUUAAAAAUUAUAUAGAUCAAAAGCAAAGUAAAAAUAUAAUCGAUAUGUGUGAAUCAUUGGAAAAUAAUAAAGUUCUGGUUAAUAAUGAAAAACAAACAAUAUCCUUAUGUGACACAAAACUUGAAAAUGAAAAUGAAAAACUUACGGAAGAUUCAGAAAAUAAUCAAGAAAAUUCUGAAAACAGUUUUGAAAAAUCAUUCGAUUAUAAAAACAAUUUAGAAAGUACAGAAAAUUUAAAAAACCACGAGAUAAAAACGGAAGAAAUCAAAAAAGAAUUCAUAAAUAUAAAGGAUCUUGAGGAAUCAAAAAUUAAAAUAGUAUCAACUAUUGAUCAAACUCAGGAAAUUGAUUAUACUGAAGGUACGAAACAAAAAGAAAAUCCAACUUUUGAAAAACAGUCAAAUUUAGUAAUCAAUGAACUGAACGUGUCAUUAGAGAAUCCUCAAUGGGAAUGUUUAUCUAAAAAUACAGAUGCUGUUAAUACAAAUAUAAAACAUUCUGAUUCUAAUAUUUCUAUUCCUGAAAUAAUGCAGAUUAAUGCUGAAGUUGAUAUUAUAGAUCAAUACAAACAUAUUUCUAAAACGGGAACACAAAAUACGACAGGUGAAAAGAAUGAAAAACCAAAAUAUGUAAUGACCAAAGAUUAUUCUGAUGAAAAUCUUAGUUGUAAAAGUAAUUUACCUUUAUGUGGAGUCCAAGAAACCCAAGAAAGCAAUCUUAUUAAUGACAAUAAAGAAUACAUACAAUCCAAAAUAAACGCUGAUACUAUAAAUAUCAAAGAAGAUAAAUCGAAUAACGAAGUGAAAAUUAAUGUUAUGGACAAAAAUGCCAAUCCUCCAAAUGAUUUUUUGUUUGAAAGUGAAAUCAGUGAUUUGCCUGCCGAAAAAUCAUUUAACGUUCUUUCUAUAACGCCAAAAUUGCACUGUGUUGAAAAAAUUGCAAUUAAGGAAACAGAAUGCAURGUGUUAGAAAAUACAAAUAUCUUGAAACAAGGUGAACUUGAUUCUGUGGAAAAUGUUAAACGACGUGCACUCGUGAAUUGCGAAUUAAAUACCGCUGUUAUUGGUAAUAUAAUUAUGGAUUACGAUAGUUUAAAAGAAAAUUCAUUACCUGAAGGUGAAGAAAAAAUACGCACAGAAAACGCAACUCAUUCCCUAACUUUUGACGUCCAUCCGAUUAAAAUCGUGUCGACCAAUGUUGAUAUUUUAAAUGCACCUACUAAAGAUUCGAUUAUAAAAGAGAAACAGAUUAUGUUUUCGGAUACCAUUGAAGGGUCUAAAAAUUCUACAAGCUCAAUAAAACUUGUAAGUGAUAACAAAAAUCUUGAAGCUUUGGAAAUUGAUAAAUUUGGUGAUAAAAUUGAAAAUAAAGUAAAUUUAGCCAAUGAACUAGCUGAUAAUUUAGGACAGACUAUAAAAAAUGGAAAUCAAACAUGUGAAUUUUUAGAUGAUUUUGUAAAACAAAAUGAGAUUAAAAAUUACGUUCUGAUUGCGAAUGAUGGAGCAAAACAGGAAAAUACUACUACUACAGAAUUAGAUAACUUGGAUUCAGAAAUUGCUCUAGAAUAUAAUAUAAAUCCAGAAGAAAUAAUUAAAAUGAGUACAGAAAAUAAGAACAUAAUAACAGAAAAUUAUGCAGAAAAAGAAAUGACAAAACUAGGAAGUAAGAAAAACAAAUCAAGCACACAACCAGAAGACAAAAAUUCACCAUCACCUGAGACCACAAAAAGUAAUAUUUGUGUUACAGAAAGUAAAGUUGAUGCGGCAAAUGUUAUCGAUAAAAAAAAUGAAGAAAAUAACAAAUCGUCGUCAGAUGACAAGUAUCAGACAAAAUACGAUGGUGGUUUAGCCCAACUGAUCGUUGACAAUGCCCAGAGUGGUGAUUCUGGAGAGUAUACGUGCGUGGCCUCUAACGGCCGUGAUCGAAUAUCCACUACUGGAUUCCUGACGGUGUAUACGUCACCGUCGGUUUUUAGGAAACCACUGCUACAGUCAUCGCUAUCUGUCGACGGUAUCGAGUCCGGCCGCAGACUUUACUCUCAGAACAGCCACGAUUUUCUGUUUUCUAUAAAUGACAAGUACAAUUUCGGCUGCCAGAAGUUUAGUGGUGACUUGACCAUCAGGCGCCCCGAGUAUCCAAAAUUCGUGUCCAGUAUAAUCGCCGAUGACGUGGCGACUUAUGGUGGCACAAUCGCUCUCCAGGUUCGGGUGCAAGGUUCCCCGGUGCCGAAUGUGACGUGGAUGCGUGAAUCUAGACCACUACCACGGUCAUCGGACAAAUACAUUUACUUGGAUGAGGGUGGGCUAUACACGCUGCUGGUAAUGGACAGCACCGCCCGGGAUGGUGGAAAGUACGUGUGCCGCGCGUGCAACCUUUACGGGGUGGCAGACGUGGAAAAAGCAGUUAGGGUGGUGUCACCGCAGGAUUACACCGACCGCAGGGGCGUGAAACCGGCCAUUAUCGUGUCAAGACCAAAUGAUCGGCUGAACGUAGCCGUUGGUGAGGACAUAACCGUCACCCUCCGAGUGGCUGGUGAACCGAAACCCAAAGUUAUAUGGAUGAGAGGUUCGAGGGACGUAACAUUCCUCGAUCGAUCGCUGAAGGAAACAGUCAAUGACUACGUUAUUCUGUCGAUCAAAAAAGCGCAACCAUCGGACGCCGGGACGUAUUUUAUUAUCGCUAAAAACGUGUACGGAUCUGAUAGGGCGUUUGUCACUGUCGGGGUGAGGCAACGUGCGAGAUCGUUGACACCGCCACAAAUCAGAAAUACGAACAGCCGGUGGUUUAGGCCGACGGGCGGCGUUAAUGGAGGAAGGGGAGGCUAUGCAAACUACGAAGUUCCGGGACCCGUGCGCAGCAAACCGACGGUGACGGACCGGACCAACAAACGGAUAUCGUUGCAGUGGGACAGAUCGGAAAAACCGGAAACCAUACUCGUGUACAGGGUGGAAACACGAUCGGCUGAUGAAGAAUGCUGGCGACAGGUGGGUAUGACUYCAACAAACACCAUAGAUGUGUACAACCUGAAACCAGGUUCCCGGUACCAGUUUCGCGUAACAGCCCGCAACAGGUUUGGAUGGAGCCAGCCAGUGGCUAGCGAAGAGUACGUGGAAGUAUUCGAGCCGAAGUGUCUACCGGAAUUCCAUCAACCAUUGCCUGGAGAAACACGGGUUUUACUGCGACACAGUGCAACUUUACAGUGUCACGUUCGAGGUGUCCCGGAGCCACAGGUGAGGUGGUUUAAAGACGGUGAACCUUUGCUGGCGUCGGACAGACACGUAGUCAGUCGCACGGAUGCAGGWAAGUGCAUGCUGACGAUCGAUGAUGUAGCGGACGGCGAUGAGGGUCGCUACUCUUGUGAAGCCGUAAACGACCAGGGAAGGGUGUGCACGUUGACAGUUGUCCAAGUGAUAGCCAACCGCAGGAUUGUGGAGGCGGAACGGAGGCUUCAAGGGUGUCUAAUGAAAAACAGCGUCUUUAAAGAAUCAGCGCCGGUGUUCACUAAACAUCUAACCGAUCGCAGAGUGGAUAUCAACUCUACGGUCCGAUUGUCGUGUCAAGUAAAUGGUUUGCCUGUACCGUUGGUUUUGUGGUACAAAGAUGGUCAGCCAAUAGACUUAGAGAAUGGCACAGACGGCCACAGAAAACCACCGGUCAGGGACGACUCGGACGACUUCUACACGCUGGAGCUGACUGGAGAACCAAUAUAUGUAUUUUGUUUACCUGCUGGGUCUUGUCUCAUGUUCAAAGACGGAAUUCAAUUAAGAAAUGGACGGAGAGUUGACAUAAUUACUGAUCAUGAUGGAAACCUAGAACUGAGGAUAGCGUGUGUAACAAACCGGGAUUCKGGUACUUAUAAGUUGAGAGUGUCUAAUGACACAGGCACAGUAGAGAGUCGUUGCGAUGUAAAUGUGGUAGAACGUGAACACAAAGACAUGGGGAUGGAACAGAUAUCUUUGAUUAAUCAUUUAUAUUCAAAGAAACCAAAGUUCGUCGUAAAACCAAAAUUUCAAGAGGUCGAAGAAGGCCAAGAAGUGAUCAUCGAUUCAGAAAUAGUGGGUGAUCCAUUACCGAAGAUCACAUGGCUCAGGGAUGGUUUAAAGCCCGAAUACUAUCGUGACAAUUCGGAGUUUUURUGCGUAGCCAACGGUAAUCGUUAUCAGUUAAAAAUUCCUCACGCCAAACUGACACAUACGGGGACGUACACACUACUGGCUGCUAAUCCACAUGGACAGAUCAAAGCACUAAUAUCUCUUCAAGUCUACUCGACAGGACACUGCAAGAAAAAAAUGGAAAAUGGGUCCAACUACGCAACGGUGGAAAGAUUACCGAGAAUAAGUCGAGGGCUGGUCGACAUCGAGUGCCGGGAGAACGAUAGCGUUUCGUUCGAGUGCAAGUUGAACAUCACACAAGAGACGGACAUUAGAUGGCAAAAAGACGGCAAAUUGGUGAGAUUAGGUAAACAGAUUAAAUCUCAGCUGGUCGACGGUGAUACUGCUCGUCUCGACAUAUCCAAUGCGAGCCCACUGCACGAAGGACUAUAUACGUGCACUGCUUUCAACGAAUUGGGCCAAGAUUCGACGUCGGCCCGACUGAUAUUGUUGUCAGAUUCGGAAGCGAUUGCCAAGGCACCGCAGUCGAACGGACUGCGAAAGACUAUGCUUAAUUCACCAAUACUAGCAGGUGAAGCGAACGACCGGUGUACCAAGCGGUUGAAGCGAAGCAGUGCUCCGAAAUUUUACGCCGUACUACACGACCGGAUUGCCGACGUUGGCGAAACGGUUCGGUUCUUGUGCAGUGUAUCCGGUCAUCCACCACCGUGGUCAUCGUGGGAAAAGGACGGCCAGCCAAUCGGCGUCAAUAGCAGAAUGAGAAUUCGCGAGGACGACGAUCACCGGUCGCUGGAGAUUUGGGACGUCACCUCCGAAGAUGCAGGUCUCUACCAAAUUACCGUCGAGAACAAAUUUGGAAAAAUCCAAGCCACGGCUCGUCUCGAAGUGUUGACACACAACCAAACCACAAACGACAUCCAAAUCACUUCAUCGUCUAACGGCAGGAGACAGUCCGGGUCGGCUGCUUGUGCGGGUGAAAAUUUUACUCUCAGCUGUGAUAUAAGAGGCAACUCCAUGUCUGACGUUACCUGGUACAAGGACGACGAGAAAAUCAAGUCCGACGACAGGGUGACUUCGUCAUUGGACGAUCUGGCAGCUAGACUUUCGAUAUCAAACUUAGAGUUGGCAGACACGGGUGUGUACACAUGUGUGGCGAGGUGCGAGUCCGGCGUCACAAGRUGCUCGACAGAGUUGUGUGUGUUCGACACGAAACCGGGUACCGAUUCGUAUCUACAACCUCCGAUAUUCGUCAAGGGUCUUGUUCCUAAACGCACCGUCGACGAAGGAGAACCGGUCCAGUUGACCGUAAGACUCCAAGGUGCAGUUCCUAUGAGCGCCUCGUGGUUCAAAAACAACGUACCCGUUCCCGACUGUGCGGAUUUUGAGUACGUGGUGGCCAACGACCGUAACGAAUUCGGCUUGUCGAUCGCCGAUCCUUUUGUUAAGGACARCGGUACUUACAGUUGCAAAGUGGCCAACACGUUUGGUCAAGCCAUAUCUAGUGGACAACUCAUCAUAAAAGAAAUGUCAAGCGAACAUCAGAGGCCAAUGGCUGUCGAAUUGAACAACAAUUUGCAUAGCGUUGGAGAAAAAACCACUUGCAAUUCCACGGUCGCCACCAGAACCGCACUUCCGGCAUCCAUACUCAACGGCCCAUAUGACACAACUGUCCUGCGUGGUGCCAAAGUUGUUUUGAAGGCAUCAUAUCGGGGCGAUCCCGAACCAUGUGUCCAAUGGCUCAGAGGAGGCAAAGUUUUGGAGUCCAACGCGCAUCUGUGCAUAACCAACGAAUGUGGCGUGUCCAGUCUGACGAUUGACUCUAUCACAGCCGAUGAUUGUGGCAAGUACGUCGUCCGCGUCGACAACGGACACGGCAACGAUUUCCACUUCGCUUCGGUCGCUGUUGAAGAAAUUGUUGAAUUGAUACAUUUCGAAUUUAAAGAUUAUGGAAACACGCUGUGGCCAAAAACAGUCAAUAUAGAAAACGGUGAACAAUUCGAUAAGCAAUAUGAAGUACUGGAUGAACUUGGAAAAGGCAGAUAUGGGGUGGUGUAUAAGGUUAAAGAACGUGAGACCAGUAAAUUUUACGCUGCAAAGUUCGUUAGAUGCAUUAAGUCAACGGACAAGGAAAAAGCCCAAGAAGAAGUGGACAUAAUGAAUUGUCUGCGCCACCCAAAACUUUUACAGCUCGACGCAGCUUUCGACAAGCCCAGAGAAGUGAUCUUGGUCACCGAAUACAUUUCUGGUGGUGAACUGUUUGAAAGAGUGGUGGCCGACGACUUUACGCUCACAGAAAAAGAUUGUAUUCUAUUCACCAGACAGAUAUGUGAAGGAGUGGAUUACAUGCACAAGCAGAACGUUGUGCACUUGGAUUUAAAGCCAGAAAAUAUCAUGUGUCAGUCAAGAACUUCGCACUAUGUCAAGCUCAUAGAUUUCGGGUUGGCACAGAAAAUCAUACCUGGACAACCAAUGCGAGUGCUGUUCGGCACACCCGAGUUCAUCCCUCCCGAGAUCAUUGGCUACGAACCCAUUGGCCUCGAAUCUGAUAUGUGGUCUGUAGGAGUAAUCUGCUACGUGCUAUUGUCCGGUCUGUCACCGUUCAUGGGCGACAACGACUCCGAAACGUUCACCAACAUAACGAAAGCCGAUUUCGAUUUCGACGACGAGGCAUUUGAUGCCAUCUCUCAGGACGCCAAGGACUUCAUAAGCGCGCUGUUGAUCAAACGCAAAGAGUUAAGACUUACUGCCAGAGAAUGUUUGAAACACAAGUGGCUGGCGCAGCAGGACAUGGAUAUGAGUUGCGUGAUCCUGAGCACGGACAAACUUAAAAAAUUCAUUAUCCGACGAAAAUGGCAGGUUAGAACCGAUUUUAUAAAUAUAAUAUUAAAGUUACAUAGUAACUCAUUAAAAUAGAUUCUCAGCGUUAGGUAUAAUGUGUACCUUUAGAUGUGUCCCACGAAGCGUGURAUCUAACUAAGCUUGCGACUAUAUAAUAGAUUAUAAUACAUUAUUAAAAAUAUUUUUUUUCAAAGUGUUGCGAUUAAUUUACAAUAAAGUUAAAUAUUG